AUGGCGAGCAACAGGGCAUCCGGCGGCGAGUACGAGAGCGGCAGCGACCACGACGGCGCGCUGCAGAAGCCGCUGCUGCCCAACAGCGGGAGCUGGUACCGGAUGGGGAUGGGGUCGCGCCAGUCCAGCCUCAACGCCGCCGGCACCUCCUCCAUGGCCGUCCUGCGCGAGUCCCACUUCUCGGUGUUCGGCUCGCUCUCCAACGUGGGCGCCAUGGUCGGGGCGAUCGCCAGCGGGCAGAUGGCCGAGUACAUGGGCCGCAAAGGGUCGUUGAUGAUUGCAUCGAUUCCGAACGUCAUUGGUUGGCUUGCAAUCUCCUUUGCAAAAGACUCUUCAUUUCUGUAUAUGGGACGCUUGCUUGAAGGUUUCGGUGUCGGUAUCAUUUCCUAUGUGGUACCAGUAUACAUAGCAGAGAUAUCUCCUCAGAACAUGAGAGGGGCUCUAGGCUCUGUGAACCAGUUGUCUGUAACCCUUGGCAUCAUGUUUGCCUAUUUGCUCGGCUUGUUUGUUCCCUGGAGGCUUCUUGCAGUAAUAGGAACCUUGCCCUGCAUAGUGUUGAUACCUGGCCUAUUCUUCAUUCCGGAAUCUCCAAGAUGGCUGGCAAAGAUGAAUAUGAUGGAUGAUUGCGAGACUUCUCUACAAGUUCUGAGGGGAUUCGAUGCUGACAUCAGUGCAGAAGUGAAUGAUAUAAAGAGAGCAGUAACAUCAGCAAACAAAAGGACUACAAUCCGUUUUCAAGAGUUGAACCAAAAGAAAUACCGAACACCCCUAAUUAUAGGAAUUGGUCUACUUGUGCUGCAACAGCUAAGUGGAAUAAAUGGUAUACUGUUUUAUGCAAGUAGCAUCUUCAAAGCUGCAGGUCUCAAGGACAGUGACUUGGACACAUUUGCACUUGGAGCUAUUCAGGUUCUUGCCACUGUUGUUACAACCAUGUUCUUGGACAGAGCUGGCCGACGAAUCCUCCUUAUUAUUUCUUCUGCUGGGAUGACUCUAAGCCUUCUUGUAGUUGCUAUUGUAUUUUACAUCAAGGAUAAUGUUUCACAUGACUCUGACUUGUAUAACAUCUUAAGUAUGGUGUCCUUGGUUGGUGUCGUGGCUUAUGUCAUUGCCUUCUCCUUCGGUAUGGGUGCCAUUCCAUGGAUCAUAAUGUCUGAGAUCCUCCCAGUUAGCAUCAAGAGUCUUGCAGGAAGCUUUGCGACCCUUGCCAACUGGUUGACAUCCUUUGGAAUAACAAUGACAGCAAACUUGCUGAUCAGCUGGAGUUCUGGAGGUACAUUUGCCUCCUACAUGAUUGUGAGUGCCUUCACUCUCGUGUUCGUAAUCGUUUGGGUGCCAGAGACAAAGGGAAGAACCCUCGAGGAGAUACAAUGGUCGUUCCGCUGA